UCAAAAUAUAAUAAAACAACAACAACGACUACGAAGAUAAGACGUGUGCUCUGUUUAUUAUUAUUUUUAAAAACCUAUACGGGUAUCGAGUUAUAAAUAAUAACAGUUUAUCACUUUGUGAUUAUUCUAAUCUUAUCGUGUUGAUUUAUGAAUACCUAUAAUUUUUUUGCAUAUUAAUUUGAACUUCUGUCGUGUUCGUACUAUCAUUCAAACGUACGUAAAAGAAGACGGUCGUGUUUACCUUAUUUUUACGUGAAUGUUUUGAUGUGAUAUAAAUUAUAAUGAACUUAUCGUUCGCUGGUUGUGGUUUCCUCGGGAUCUACCAUGUGGGUGUAGCAGUGUGUUUUAAAAAAUAUGCCCCACAUUUGCUACUGGGAAAAAUAUCUGGCGCCUCUUUUGGCGCUCUCUCUGCCUGUUGCCUAUUGUGUGAUCUGCCUAUCGGUGAACUCACAAGUGAUGUCUUGAGAGUUGUCGGCGAAGCGAGGGCAGGCUCACUCGGGCCCUUCAGCCCUUCCUUCAACAUACAGAAUGUCCUCCUCGAGGGCUUGGAGAGGUACCUGCCACAAGAUGUCCACAAGAUCGUCAGUGGCAAGCUUCACAUAUCACUUACGAGGGUGUACGAUGGACAGAACGUCAUCGUUUCCGAAUUCCCGACCAGGGAAGAUCUCAUGCAGGCACUGCUAGCGUCCUGCUUCGUGCCAGUAUUCUCUGGGAUGCUGCCGCCUCAGUUCCACGGCAUUAGGUACAUGGAUGGCGGUUUCAGCGACAACCUCCCGGUAUUAGACGAGAAUACCAUCACAGUUAGCCCCUUCUGCGGGGAGAGUGAUAUCUGCCCUAGAGAUUUAAGCUCGCAACUGUUUCACGUAAAUUUAGCAAACACGAGCAUAGAACUAUCGAAGCAGAACAUCAACAGAUUCGCUCGGAUCCUGUUCCCCCCAAAGCCAGAGGUGCUAAGCAACAUGUGCAAACAGGGCUUCGAUGACGCCCUCCGGUUCCUGCACAGGAACAAUAUGAUCUCGUGCACCAGAUGCCUGGCGGUGCAGUCCACAUUCCAGUUGCAGGAUGUACUAGAUGACACCACGUACGAGUAUGAUCCGGAUUGUGAAGAGUGCAAGACUCACAGGCAGGACGCACUAGUGGACGACCUACCCGACACGGUGAUGACAAUAUUCCAAAACGCCAUAGACUCGGCGAACAGCGGUAUAGUCAACUGGGUGAUGAGACAACGAGCUGUCCGCUACCUCUCCCCGGUGCUGCCUGUGCUGACGCUGCCGUAUCGUGUGCCCAUCGACGUUAUGUAUGCUACAUUCACCAAGUUCGUAACAUGCACACCUAAGAUGAGCAAGUCAUUAUGGAGCCUCAGCUGGAACCUGUUGCAACAACUGCACGGGUUCGUGUACUCGGCCCAGGACAAGUCGGAAGCCGCCGCCAAGAUUUACUACAAGCUCACCAUGGACUCCAAGAAGGAGACCAACGAGGGCUACCAGCUGGACAGAAGACGGGCCAGCCAGCUCCGUGUGACGUACAGCGACCGGCCCGCGCAGGACGACUCUGAGACGUUCGACCAUAUCCUCAACGUGACGUCGCAAAAUGACGCCCUUUUGGCAUACUACUAUCUGGACAGCGAUUACAAGAUGAAAAUGACGGAAAUAUACGACGUGACGGAGGCAGACACGGACGCGGUGCAAUCGCCAACGGAGCGCGCCGUCAACAAGCAGCUCGAGUUCGACAACGACUGGUCCGCGGAGCUCAUGGCCGACAAUGAUGACUUAAACUUGGACGACGAUGACGAACUCGACGACAGGAACAUCUUCUCUGAUCCGGAAAGUGAGUGGACCGGCCGCCAUUCGCCGAGCAGCGUCGAGAGCGACGGCGAACAGCCCGAAUCAGAUCAGAGACUACUGGAACAUAUAGACUGCGAAAGGUUGGCGAAAACGGUGAAUAAGCGCGCGGUGAUUCUGACAAACUUUAUGCUGUCCAACCUCAUGGAAGCGACCUCACAGUUGUUGUCAAACACCACACUGCUGUCUGUACUGUUGUUGGAGGGCCUCCCAUUGAAAAUUCCGUACUUAAACCCACUGUGCGAGGCAUUACUAGCUAACAACUCUCUACAACAUCUGUAUCUACCUCGAUGCCUGAUCGGCGAUGCGGGUUGUCUCGCCGUCUGCAAAGCUGUCAGGUGUCUCCCAAAUAUAUUGACUCUGGAUCUCAGUGGGUGUGAACUGACUGCACUCGGGACCGGUUAUAUAGCUGAUUUAAUUAAGUAUCAAAAGAUUCACCGUUAUAGUGAGAACUGGGCGCACACGCUACGCUAUCGACUUCCCGAAUUGGAUGCGAUGGCGGGCCUUCGUCGGAUCACUCUCUGCGGUAACUGUCAGCUCGGUGACGUGGGAGUCAGUAGGCUAUUUGAUGUGCUAGCUGAUGACUUGUGGAUCAAAGCAUUGGACGUACAAAACUGUGGUCUCCGAGAGCAGUCAGCCAUAGAUGCGCUGGCAAUGAUGCGAUCUAAUACGACACUCGUCGUUUUGGACUUAAGACAUAAUGCUGAUAUAUCAAACGAAUCGCUGUCAAAAGUGAGAUCAGCAUUAAGGCAAAACGAGAGGGGACUGAGUGGGCAGUACUCGUGGCUUGGUAAUGUUAGUGGGAUUUCAAGCGAUGGCAGAACGGUAAAGACUUUCGUAUGCAAGAAUGGUAUGAAGGAUAGGAUACCGUCCAUAUCUAAAAAUACAUCCGUUAAAUAUACGAACAAAUCAAGCAGCGUUAAGAAAGAAAGAGACUACAUGGAAGUGUUGGAAGAACAACUUCAGGAGGAAAUGUCGCAUCGGCAGCAGUUGGAGGAGCUGAAUUUGCAGCUGGUAGACCAAAUGAAGCAGUUGAAACAGCAACAGAUACGGCUGUGGGCAAACGGUGCUACCUCUUCUGGAUCAGAGCAAUCAUUCGAAGCGAGUUCCAGGUCCGGGGGUAUAUCUAGCAGUUCGGGCUCGACCAGCUCAGUGCCCAUCGACCAGAAUACCCUUUCGUAUAUACAACAAGCUUUCAAAGAUAUUUACAUGUUCAUUAAGAAUAAUCAAUGCCAUGGCCAAUGCCUCCAUGAAGUAAAGAGAAAAGAAACAGAAGAAGAGCAACUAGACACGACCGAUCUGACAGGGGAAAAAGAAGUGACAGCGACGGAAGACUUGGCAAGUAAACUCCGCAUCAACAUCGUGCCGAAGAAGGCACAGAGCGCCCACAUGAAGAUAUUGGAGAACGUAAAGAUGAACAAAUCAACGAAGAGUGCACAUUUACUUGGCGACUCGCAGCAUGGUGUAGAUAAUCUAAAGAUGAAACCAGAAAUGUUUGAGAGGCAAAUAGGUGAUACACAAAAUUCUCAUAUUGAAGAACGAAGUGUGAUCGAAGAAAUGAUGGCCCAAAUAAAGUCAAAGAAAAGUUGCAUAGACAAGAGCAGCCCGUGCAGUAGCACAGUGAGCGACUCGUCGGCGACGCUAGUGUGCUCGCCGCGGCGCCAGCCUGAUGUCAACCCGCGCGACGUGCUCUACUCCUCCAGCGACGACGAUAGCUCCUGAUCUUUUGUACAUGUUUAUUUAUAAACAACUUUAUGUAGUAAACAAAUUGUUUGUA